AUGUUUUCACGUAAUCGACUAGCAGCAAGAACAAAUGCACACAAAGAACCACAACUUAAAACUUCAGGACGAACAGAAGCUGUUGCUUCAUUUGUUCGCUAUCAAUCAUUACCUUAUGAUCGACAUCGUCUCUCAAAUGAACAUCAAAGUGGUCGUGGAACAUUGAUAUCAUUUGAUUUUAGUCAAGAUCUUUCAUAUGGUUUUCUUAACUAUACCUUAACAAACAAUAUAGAACCUCAAUAUCUAGCACUUGCUGUUCAUUAUACAUUCUUGUUUAAAUUAACUAAUGGAGAAAGAAACAUAUGUAUUGGAAUGACUGCACAUACUCGAUAUAAAGAUGAAUUCAAAUCAAUAAUUGGAUUAUAUGAAAAUCUUAUUCCAUUACGAUAUCAAUUAGAUCAUGAUGGUUCACUUCGUCAACUAGUUGAAUAUGUUCAAGAAAUGGCAACAAAUUGUAUGAAAUAUUCAUAUUUUCUUCUUCAACAUAUUCUUGCACAACAUUCUGAUUGUUCAAAGCCUACAUUUCUUGAUGUGUCUUUUGAUUUUGUGACUAUUGAAAAGAAAAUAAUGAUUGGUGAUAGUGAACUUUGUAGCUUUCCAUUAUCAAUUGCAAUGAAUGAAGAUGAAGAUGUGAACAAGUUUGAUUUCAUUAUUACUAUUCAAUAUGAUCUCACCAUAAAUCAAUUUUCAUGUAUAAUUAAUGCAUCACUCGAUUUAUUCAAUCAAGGGACAAUAAAUAAGAUUUCACAACAAUUUCAUUCAAUAUUAUAUAAUCUGUUUAUAUCUGUUAAUGAUACCAUGAAAAAGAAAUCAAUCUAUGAAAUAUCAAUAAUGUUACCAAUUGAAAGAUUACUUAUACAGUCAAUGAAUAAUACACAAGUAUUGUUUCCUUCUACUACUUGUAUGCAUCAUGAAUUUAUUUAUCAAGUAACACAACAUCCACAAAAAAUAGCUGUUGAAUUUGAUGAACAAUCAUUAACAUAUACAGAACUUUUCUAUUAUGUUCAACAACUUUCUCUCGUCUUAUUAAAUAAAUACAAUGUGAAAUCGGGUGAUAUUAUUUGUCAAUGUGUAGAGCGAAGUUUAUCUAUGGUCAUUGGCAUUCUAUCAAUUAUUAUGGCUGGUGGUGCCUAUUGUCCUUUAUCAUCACAAGAUCCUUCACAACGUCUACAAAUUCUUGUGAAAGAAACUCGAAGUCAUUCAGUUCUUGUGCAUUCAUCUACACGCAUUCUUUUUGAAAUCGAUAUUAUAACUUUAAAUAUUGAUACAAUUAUAAAUAAUGAAGAAAAUUCUACUAGUAUUCAUCUGACUCAAAUGUCAGAUGUACCAAUAACAUCAGAAAAUAUUCUCUUUGUAAUUUUUACUAGUAGAUCAACUAGUAUUCCGAAAGCGAUGGCUCGAUAUUCUUUUGAUAAUCACUUAUUAAGUCUUGUUGGUACAUUAAUUACUGAAGCUACAUUAAUAAUGCUUCGACCAGAAGGUCACAUGGAUUUUGGUUAUCUUGCAAGAGUAUUGAAUGAAAAACAGAUUACUGUUAUGCAUACUGUUCCAUCUUUAUAG